AUGCCAGGAGCUAUCUGCGUCUACUGCGCGUCGUCAGCUGGUACGAAGCCAGCGUAUCAAAAGUCUGCCAUUUCGUUGGGCAAGGCGCUUGCCGUCUCACAACGACGACUUGUUUAUGGAGGAGGGAAGCUAGGGCUCAUGGGUACAGUCGCAGAGGCUGCUCUCAACAAUGGGGGAUAUGUGACUGGCAUCUCUCCGUACGCUAUGGUUGCUAAAGGAGGCGAGGGCUCCAAAGUGAACGGUGUUGCAGAGGACAAGGUCUCCAACAGAGAACCUGCUCCACAUCCGAACAGAGAGUCUAUCAUCGUGGAUAGUAUGCAUGACCGAAAACUGCUUAUGGCCAAGCGUGCCGACGGCGGCUUCGUAGCGUUGCCCGGUGGAUAUGGAACUCUUGAAGAGUUGCUUGAGGUUACUACGUGGUCCCAGCUCGCCAUCCACGAGAAACCGGUCAUCCUCGUAAAUGUACUCAACUAUUACAACCCUCUUCGGGAGCAAAUUCGCGUUGGUGUCGAGGCCGGCUUUAUCAAGGCGGAUAACCUCUCCCUCAUCACCUUUGUCGACGGACCAGAAGACUUGGCUGAGCACGAAGAUUAUGAUUGGGGAGGUGAAGUGGUCAAAUUGCUUGACGAAUGGAAGCCGACAGGUUGGAAGGGCUUUGGCUUCGACUGGAGCAAGCGCCAGGACGGCCGCUCGUCGCCCAUGAACGCUAUUUGA